AUGAAGAACGCGGAAAAUCAGAAUGAGACGAUUUCUGAUGAUGUUCUUGAGUGCAUUUACGGAGACGAUGUUGAAGGACUUAAAAAGUAUAAAGAAUCUGUUGCAAAGGCCAAGGAAAGCGGCGAAAGCAAUGAAUCUCUGAUCGUUAAGGAUAUUUCCAAGGCCGUCGCAAAAUCGCACGGACGCCGCAAGAAACUCGGCGCAUAUCCAGACCCUCUUCCCGAAAAGGAUGAUGAUAACAUACUUAUUCGCGGCGCAUGGCUUGAACGCGGCGGGUCGGCAUUCAUUGUCUCCACAGCCGGAACAGGUAAAUCAAUUUGGGUGACUCAAUUCGCGAUCUCGCUCAUGCACGGUGUUCCGUUCAGCGGCCUGCAGUCGUGGAACCCGUUGAAGUUCUGGCUCAUACAAUCGGAGGACAGCGACCGCCGCGUGGCGAUUGACCGCAAUGACAUCAGCGAAGGCCUUGCUGACAUGUGGGCGGAACACGCCGAGUUUUCGCAAAUUGACUGGCGCGAAACCGCCAACAACCUUGAAACCGUUGACUUCACGGGGCUUACGGGCCCUGCGUUCCUUGAGCAGCUUCGCAUCGAACUCACAUCCGCAAAGGACGACGGCGACCUUCCGGACGCUAUUAUCAUCAAUCCGUUCAUGGAUUACCUCGGCGCGGAUGUCUCUUCCAAUCCGGAUGUGACGGCGUUUCUGUCUGGAGGCCUGCUCGCCGGCAAGCGCACAGAAGGAUUGCGCUCGAUUAUCCGCGACUUCAACAUCGGACUUCUCGUUGUCCACCAUACUGGGAAACCGCCGACGGACAAGGAGCUUGCGUCGUGGAUCAUGUCGGAUAUGCCCGAGUACAAGGCGUGCGGAGCAUCCUAUACGACGAACUGGGGCCGCUCGUUCAUUACGAUGAUGAAGAUCCCGAAGAUGGAAGGAUUCGUUAUGCUGACCGCCGGCAAGAACGGAGGCGGUCUCGGAUGGCCCACGGUUGAGGGUGCGCGUCGCAUCUUCCUCAAAUGGGAUGAUGGUGAUUCCUGCGGAGGCACGGGGCGCCGUCACUUCUGGAAGCUUGUUGAAGGCGACGAGUACCAAGAGUGCGUUGAUACGAUUGAAAAUCUCUGCAAGAAAGGAAAGAAAACCGAGGAACGCGCGAAUGACGAGCAGAACGCACGUUUUAUCGCGGAAGCACUCAUUGAUCGCCCCACCGCAAGUAGUGAUGUCGAAAGCGUUAUCGUCGAUCAGCUUCAUAUUAUGAAUCAUACGGCAUUCCGCACGGCGUUCAAGUUCAUGCGAGACAACUCCGAGCGUUACGGCAUUGUGUGCGAAAAGAAGAGUAAUGGUGGACGCGGAAGUGGACGAGGAAAGGUGGUACGACAGGUGAAGCUCAACCCGACAGUUCUUGCAACCAUCCACGCAGAGCUUGCAGCCCCGGUGCCGUUUUGCAUCGUCAUAGACUCCAACGAGCAGACACCGCUUCAGUUCCCGAAUACCGUACCGACGGUCCGUCAGAAGAUUUAUCCAGGCGAUUACUCAAUUGUCGGACUGACAAAUCGCUUUGCUAUCGAGCGUAAAUCCCUUGAAGAUCUCGUCGGUUCGCUUCUUGGCUCUGAAAUUCAAUCGACCGGCGUAAAGCGUUAUCGCCGCGACAAGUUGACCGAAGAACUCCUCGCCAUGCGCGACUUCAAGUUCAAGUGCCUCUGCUGCGAGGAGCCGCGUUCCCGCCUUGAAUCGCAUUGGUAUAAGUCCACCGUUCCUCCGCACAACAUCAUGGGGAUGAUCUUCGACUUGGAGGCCUAUACAGGAGUUCAGGUCAAGUUCUUCGAGGGGCGCGAGCAAAUGGCGCGAUGGAUUGCCUAUGAGGCGCUCCAAUUCUGGAAGACCGAACACGGCCUCUCAUCGUUCAAGCCGCAUUUGAAACCGGAGCGGCUGAAUCCAAAGAGAAUUGAAAUGCCCAAACCUCCAAAGAAACAAGACAAUAAAUAA